AUGGAGUCGGCAGCAAAAAAGAAAAAGCAUACCCGUAAUUUCCAGGAGGGUUGGCUUAAAGAACCCGAGUUUAAGGAGUGGUUAAUAAAAGACAAAAAUGAUAACAACAAUGACAUCAUGAAGUGCCUAAUUUGUUGUGAAGCAAAUGUUAAAAACGUUUUUACAACGGGUUGCACUGACUUCCAACGUAGUGCGCUUGUUCGGCAUAUUUCGAGCGAUGCUCAUAGAAGUGCAUUAAAAACAAAAUCGUCCCGCAAUUCCCUUAAGAAAUCAUUGAAAUGCGCUGAAGAAAAAGCAUCAGAUUCCCUGACUUUUCAGCUGAAAACUGUAUAUUUCAUAGUUAAAAACAACAUUCCGCUACAUACUUACACUCCACUGCUUGAGCUUCAAAAAAGUAAUGGCUGUGAUGGACUGAAGCCAGGACACUAUGUGACACAUGACGCUAUAUCUGAAAUGGUCGAGAGUCUUGCCAGCUCUUUAACUGAUGACAUAAAACGUGAGAUUGAGGCUAGCAAAUUUAUUGGAAUUAUGACAGAUGAAAGCUGUGACAUUGCUAUCUUCAAGAAACUUAUUAUCUAUGUUCAAACAGUUGUCAAUGGUAAAAUUAACGUCAGUUUUGCGGCAAAUCUAGAUGUGGUCGAUGGUAAGGCUGAAACCAUUUACAACGCAACCAAAGAUUGGCUGGUGUCAUGGGACAUUCCAGUUGGUAAAGUCAUGGGACUAGCUACGGACGGGGCGGCAGUGAUGACGGGUGUACGGUCUGGGGUUGUUGUUAGAAUUCUAGGAGAUAACUUUAGACUAGUCCAUAUACACUGCGUAGCUCAUAAACUUGCCUUAGCUGUAUCCCAGGCUGCUGCCUCAGUCAAUGCCGUGAAAACAUACGAGGGAACUGUGGAAAAUGUUUAUUUCUUCUUCCGCAACUCGGCUGUGAGGUACAACCGACUUCGUGCAGUGUAUGCCCUCCUGGAAGACGAUGAUUUGGUCACCCUCAAGCGCCCGCACCCAGUACGUUGA